CAUUACUUCCCAUCCGCUUAGCCCAGGUGCCAUGUUGCAAACAUCAGACAAGAGCGCUAGGCCUAAUCAACAUCGUGCUCCUUUGAAUCGACGCCCGCUAGUAAAUACAAAUAGUGAACAGGAUGCAUACGAUACACCCGUCCACUGAUGCGCUUGCUACUUAUCUGCCUCUUCCUCUUUCUCGUUGGCCUAGGAGCAAUCCAAGCUGCACCUACAACACUGGAUACAGCAGAUUCAGAUAUCAGUAUCAGCGACCGUUUUCGAGCCCCAUCGUUGACGACUAGAACCCUAUGGACCAUCAUCUCCAGCUCCGUUCUCACUCUUUUUGCGUGCACAUACAGUGCCAUUCACCCUAACAUUCCGAAUCCUAAGGACAGUUAUACGGGUAUCCAGAUGCGACGACUUGGCAUCAUAAUAAGGGCAUUGAUCCCUCCUGAACUGAUGGUCACAUGGGCUAUGCGUCAGCUAUUCAGCGCUAAUCAAGUCACGAAACAGUUCGAGAAAUCGAAGUAUCCUAAUGUUCGUCUGGACUGGAAGUCUGAAGAAAAUGAGUCUGAGACUGCACCUGAAAAUGACUUCCUUCGUUUCUUUCGCUUCCUUCUCAUGCCUUUUUUCUUCCUCUCACCUUUGUUUCGCCUCCUUCACCUGCUUGCUAAAGGUGUAUUGUCUGUGCUGGCGUCUCUUCGGUGUUGCGUCUGUAGCCCCAUGAGGUGGGUUGCAAAGCGGAUUAAGUCAGAGCAAUCCGAGCCAGAGCAUUCCAAGUCUGACUCGGAAGAUCGCACGUGGACUCAGGCACACAGCCUCUUUGUGCUGACGGGUAGUUUUAUGCUUUAACAAGGUCGAAGGGGAAUACAGAUGAAGGAUGGAUGACAAGAAGCUGAGUGUGUUCGGUAUACUCUGUUCGACGACUGAAUUCACUGAAAAUAUGAACAGGACAUACGUGUUUAUAUAUCUAUAAAUGUUAUGAAAACACCAGUGGCGUGAAGGAAAAGGAAAGGAACCACGAGGAUCGCGAGGAACAAUAUCCUGAUUAUGAUGAAACAGAGUUUGAGGUGAUCCACUUUCAGCGAUCUAUAGCCGAACGGGGUUUACUCUUUGGGGUGGGGUAAGGAGGAGAGCUGUAAGGUUAAAGCCGUCCAGUCAGCGCCAUGAAGUAUCUCGUGAGCGUUUUGACAGAUCAUCUGAUGAGAUGUGUAACUUUUCUUACUCCCAUGAAGAAGCUUGGACUAGGAACGGGAAAGGCACAAUAGUUGGGGAAAUGUAAGUAGAACCGUAA